AGGAAGGCAGCAAGGCGGCGGCUGGGGAGCAGCUCCUGGCGGGAGACGAGAUCGUGGGCAUCAACGACGUGGGCCUGUCGGGGUUCCGGCAGGAGGCCAUCUGCCUGGUGAAGGGCUCCCACAAGACCCUGAAGCUCGUGGUGAGAAGGAGCAGCGAGCUCGGCUGGAGGCCCCACUCGUGGCACGCCACCAAGUUCUGCGACAGCCAGCCUGACCCAGCCGCGCCGGUGGCCAGCUCCGCCUCUGCUGGCCCGGCCUGGCACAGCCGGCACCAUGCCAGCUCGUCCUCCUGCGACCUGCUGGGCGCCUGGGACCCGCAGGCCCUGCAGCGCACUUCGCGCCCCUUCGGCUCCCUGGGGAGUGUCGACAGCCUGGACCAGCGCACGCAGCCCGGGCGCCUCUCGGCCGCCAAGUCCAGCGGCAGCAUCGAGCAGCUGGGUGGGCUGGGCACGCGCGACUCGGCGUACGGCUCCCUGUCCACGGGCUCCGGCACGCCCGACCCCACACUGCCCAGGGCCGACGCCUCGUCCGCCGACAACCUGCUCUACAAGGUCGGGCUCUGGGAGGCCUCCAAGCCGGGCAGCCGUGCCGGGGAAGCCUCGGGCCUGGACGAGAGGCCUGGCUCCUUCCCCGCCCGGGCGCCUGGCACCGGCCGUGGCAGUCCUGAGCCCAGGCCACUGACAGCCGCCGCCCGCUCCAGUUUCGGGCCGGUGUGGCAUGUCCCCGAGAAGAAGGCCAUCCCCGUGUCCCCACCGCCGCCCCCCCCGCUGCGCUCUGACAGCUUUGCCGCCACCAGGAGCCACGAGCCGGCGACCAGCCCCGGGAAGGUGGGGCGCCCUAGGGACGGGCGGAGAGCCGGGGGCGCAGACGGCCAUGUGGAGGGCGGCUGGCCGUCCUGCAGCCUGGUGUCCGCCGGCCUCGGCCAGCUGUCGGCCUCCUCGGAUGUGCCUUUGCCACCGCCUGGAGGCCAGCCCCCGCGGGAUGGCAGGAACCAGACCCCCGCUUUCCACCAGGGACCCCGCGAGGCGCUGUGGCCGAGGAACUGUGCCGAGCGCAUCCAGGACACCCCCGCGCAGCUGCAUGGCAUGGGGGCCAGCAGGCAGAGGCCGGAGGCGGCCGGGCAGGCCCCCUAUUACUGCGUGGCCAGCAGACACUGCCCGCAGGGGGCUGCUCAGGGCCCGCCCUGGCAUGGGGACCAGCACGCUGCUGCCCAGGUCGGGGGUCCCAGCCCCGCGCACCACCCUCCUCAGCACCCUCAGCGUGUCCAGGAUGAAGAAAGGGCCCUUGGGCAGGACCGCUGUGGCGAGGCCUGGCCCCGAGCCCUCGACGCCCCGCCGAGAGCCGGCUGUGUGGACAGGGCGGGGACCAGGAUGGACGUGGGGGCCGGCGGGCUGUGCCCAUCCCACACGCCCCUGCUGCACUCAUUGUCCCGAGAGGAAGGGGCCGAGGCCGGCCGCUGGGCCUGCACGGAGACACCCGCGGAGGCGGCCGGCGAGAGCCCGGUGGGCCGGCCUCUGCGUCGCAGUGACCGCUUCGCCACCACACUGAGGAAUGAGAUCCAGCUGCGCCGGGCCCGGCUGCAGAAGAGCCGCAGCACUGUGGCCCUGGGCGGCUGUGAGGAUGAGCCGGAGCCCGCCGGCGCCGAUGGCAGCAGGGACCGCAGCUGGCAGGCCCAGCCGGGAGGGGCGGCAGGUGCCGUGGCCGCCGUCGGGGGCAGCUACCAAGAGCAUGUGAAGGAGGCUCAGGCACGGGUGCUCACGGCUACGUCCUUCAGACGCCGGGACCUAGACCCCAGCCUGGUGGACGCGUCCAGGUGUGAAGAGCGUGGUGACCCCUCCCAGUGGCCCGCAGCACCCCGUGCCUGGGAGCCCGCUGCCCCUGGGCCGCCCCCGCCCCCUGCCCCCUCCAUGGCUCGCAUCGGGGGCCGAAAGCGCUUCAGUGUGCAGCAAAAGCUCCGGUCCUACUCGGAGCCCGACAAGAUGCACGAGGUGGGGCUGUCCGUCGCGGCCCUCAGCCCGCACUGCCCGGCCCCAGGCCAGGACACCGUGGGCAGCUUUGCCGACAGGUGGAAGUUCUUCGAGGAGACCAGCAAGGCUGUUCCCCAGCGGCCCGGGUACAGGCCGCCCGGCUCGGGGCUGCCGCGGGAGAAGGCGGCGGCUGGGCCGCGCAAGGCUCCGAACCAGGGCUCCGAGCUCGGGCUGCCGGCGGGCGGGCCGGCCACUUCUAGCAUGGGGAGCGCCACCAGGACCCCAGACACUGGCCAGCAGGAUGGAUGGCAGCGGCCCAACAGACUCGGCACCUUCGCAGAGUAUCAGGCGUCCUGGAGGCUGCCCAGGAAAGCGGUGGAUGGCAGAGGGGCUGGGCGCUGCCACUCGGCCGAUGACAUCCUUGAUGUGGGUCUGGAGCCGCAGGACAGGGCCCACUACCAGCACGCCAGGUCCCGCUCCUCGCCCUCCACCGAGCUCCACAGGCAGGAACUGAUCGUGGAGGAGGCGGUGCCGCCACCAGGAGACGCUCCCGCCGCCGUCCAGCCCGAGGAGCGCCAGCCCUCGCCCAGACUCGUGGAUGCCCCCUGUGGGGCAGGUGUGCUGCCGCCACGGAAGCCCGGGCUUGUCCCUGAGGAGGAUCCUGAGGAGGACACGGAGGGCCUCGGCCCAGCAGGGACCCUGCCACGUGACUGCAGACACUUGGACGGCAAGGCGCGGGCGCAGCCCCUCCCCCAGACUCCCUCCCAGCGGCUCCUGCCGCCCCAUCGUGAGCCUGCACAGUCCAGGGACACAGCUGCUGCGGCCUCCCUGGGCGCCCCCGCUCACCUGGAUGACCCAGCUCACCUGAGCUCUUCCCUGGGUGCUCACCUGGACGACAGUGCUUACCUUGCCAACACCGCUCGCUUGAGCUCUCACCUGAGUGCUCACCCAAGUGCUCACCUGGACGGCCCCACUCACCUGAGCUCCCUCCUGAGUGCUCACCUGGACUACCCUGCUCACCUGAGCUCCCCCCUGAGCUCCCCUCUGGACGCCCCUGGCCAGCCCAUCCUCGGGCCAGCGCCCCUGCCGAGCCCGGGAGGCCCCACGGAGGAGAGCUGCGAGCAGGGCAGGUGGCAGGUAGACGAACCGGCGAGCGCCCCCCAACAGGAAGCCCUGCUCCCUGCCAGCUGCCGGCCCUUGCACGCGUCCGCCAUGGAGACCUCUCGCUCCCCUUCGCCCCAGUUCGCCCCCCAGAAGCUCACGGACAAGCCCCCGCUGUUCCUCCAGGACGAGAGCGCCCCCAGGAUUGAGCGGGUGAUCGACAGCCGCACCACGGUGAAGAUGGUGCCCAUCAAGAUCGUGCACGCUGAGAGCCAGCCCGAGAAGGACACCCGCCAGGGCCUGGCUCGCACCGUGCCGCCACCCGCCCUGCCCAGCGGGCUGGAGCGGGACCAGAUCAAGACCCUCAGCACCUCGGAACAGUCAUACUCUCGCUUCUGCGUCUACAGCCGUCAGGGGGUCGAGCCCCGGGCCCCAGGCCCCGCCAAGGACAGCAGCCUGGCUGGCCCCCACCCUGCCCCGGCUGGCUAUGCCAAGGCCAAGGAGAGGUCGGCCGAGGACCUGAAGUCGGAGGAGCUGGCCCGGGAGAUCGUGGGGAAGGACAAGUCCCUGGCAGAGAUCCUGGACCCCAGCGUGAAGAUCAGGACCACCAUGGACCUGAUGGAGGGCAUUUUCCCCAAGGAUGACCACCUCCUGGAAGAGGCCCAGCAGCGCAGGAAGCUGCUGCCCAAAAUUCCCUCACCUCGUGUCGCGGACGACAGGAAGGAGGAGGCGAGCACACUGGCAGCCGUGCCCCUGGCCACGAAUUCUGCCUACUACAGCACCUCAGCCCCGAAGGCCGAGCUCCUCAUCAAAAUGAAGGACCUACAGGGCCAGCAGGAGCCCGAGGACGAUGCAGAGAGCGACCUGGACCACGACCUCUCAGUCAAGAAGCAGGAGCUGAUCGACAGCCUGGGCCGCAAGCUGCAGGUGCUGCGGGAGGCACGGGAGAGCCUGCUGGAGGACAUGCAGGCCAACACCGCGCUGGGCGAGGCCGUGGAGGCGCUGGCCAAGGACGUGUGCAAGCCCAACGAGUUCGACAAGUUCCGCAUGUUCGUCGGCGACCUGGACAAGGUGGUAAACCUCCUGCUCUCGCUGUCCGGCCGCCUGGCCCGCGUUGAGAACGCCCUCAACAACCUGGACGACAGCGCGGCUCCUGGAGAUCGGCACUCCCUGCGGGAGAAGCAGCGGGUCCUCACGCAGCAGCACCGGGACGCCAAGGAGCUGAAGGAGAACCUGGACCGCCGGGAGCGCACCGUCUUCCACAUCCUGGCCGGCUACCUGGGCGCCGACGGCCUGGCCGACUACGAGCACUUUGUGAAGAUGCGGUCGGCGCUGCUCAUCGAGCAGCGGGAGCUGGACGACAAGAUCCACCUGGGCGAGGAGCAGCUCAAGUGCCUGCUGGACAGCCUGCCGCCCGAGCGAGGCCCUGGAAGACUCCCGGACUGUGGAACACGCGGGUCCACCACAGCAACCUGCAUGUGGCAAACUUUGCUCUGCUCACUGUUGGCUUGAUCAUGUGCACCGCAGCCAUGGGCUUCGCCGAGUGGCGGAUAUGGCACAUGAGCAGUCCCCAAGGCCUGGCCCUCGUGGGCAUAUGGAAAGUCUGCAUCUACCAAGUGCCGCGCACCCGCGUCGCACCUUUCUGCCACAGCUAUCCGUUCUUCGACAGUUACCUCCCUCCUUCAUUUCAGAGAGUCCAGUACCUCCUGCUCCUCGGCGUUAUUCUGGGGUACCUGGGAAAGGUCGCCCUCAUUCUGGCUCUCUGGAAUGUGUUCAUGGCGAAGUUGUCUGAGACGAAGAAUUAUUUUCUGAUGUCCGGGUUUCUGUGCACCGUCGCGAGCAUCUGCGUUUUCCUGACUGUCAUCUACACGUACCAAGCCGUAAGCAGCGAGCAGGGCAUUGACUUCCCAUCGUCGUUUUCAAUGCCCUCCAGGCCCGACUCACAGGAACUUGGCACUGCGCCUUUGGUAGCAUCCCUGGGAGCCACCAUGAUGUUCCUGAGUGGUUUAUUUUCCCUUUUCCAGAAACUCCCCUGAGGGAAUCACUUGCAGCCUUUCCCCAGAGAACUGUGAAGUGACUGGUGGCACUGUAAGGUGCCUGGGACCUUCUGGGGAGGGUGACCACGAUUUUCUACCACACUGGCCAGAGCAUGAGACCACCCCUGUGAGUGCUGAGUAGGGAGCAGCUGGCCGUUUCCUCCCGUGGUACUUCUCUGGUGGGUGGGACCAAGAAAGGUUCAUUAAAAAAAAAUUAGUCCAGCGGUCUGUGGGUCUAAAUGGAUCUGGAGUUUUAAUUAUUGGUGGAUGGGGUUUGCAGAGAUAGUCCAAGACUUAAGGUGUUUGUCGUACCUGUGGCCGACCUGCAUUCGGUCCUUCAAGCCCCACUAGGAGUGAUCCCCAAGUGUGUGUGCCAGGAGUAGCCCUGAGCACUGCCGGAUGUGACCCCUAAUAUUCUGCUCCCAAAAUCAUUCAUUGAGUAAUUACUGUUGGGUAAAUCAUAAAAACUGUACACUGAAAGUAUGGAAAUUAAUUUCUGGGAGGGGGCAAAGCUUCCUCUCAAUGACUUAGCAAUUCUGCUAACCACCCCCCCAAAAAAAACCCCAGACCUUGUUUCAUAGGUCAUGCUAAGAACAUUUCCCCAGCAUAUGAAGCUUCCCAAAUCUGCAAAGGGAGAAGAGCAUGAAAAACUCUCCCCACAUCCAUUGCUGGAAGGCUCAGCAGUUGUUACAAACCUGCUGUACUAGCUUCAGUACCUUUUUCUUCCGCUGCUUUAAAUCCAUUUUUCACAUUUCAAAUCAGUUUUAAGAACUUUUUUCAACAGUGCCGGGGAUCAAACCCAGAGCCUCACGCAUGCAGGCUUCUACCACUGCAUGACAUCCCUAGCUCAUGUUGUCCCAUGUGAUUGUGUGUUUCUCAGAAGGGUUUAAACUCUGGAUUAUCAUGUCCCUUCAUCAAAUGAAGAAAACUAUUUGCUUUAAAAUGGGGAUUUAGAUGAACUAAGCUUUUGCCCCACGCCGGCUAACAGAGGAAAUAUCCUUCUUCCUUGGUCUCUCUUCCCUCCCGGAGGAGGAGGCGUGGUGUCCGACAUUUUAUGGGACCUUUGAGCUGGUAUGAACUUUGUGGCAUGGAAAAAAAAAUGAGCUUUGAACUUGAAACAGCAGGACGCCUGGGCAGUCUCGGGCCAGGCCAGGAGGUCGGGCUCCGGCUGAGAUUCGACACGGGUGGCCAUGCCUUUGCACAGCCGCGUGGCUGCAGAAUGAGCAGGAGCCAGAGCCAGCUUUAUGACUUGGGGUUCCAGCAAGUGCUUGCAACCAUGUAUCCAGACUGUGAACUAAGCUUUUCCUCUGUGCUGCUCCAGGAAGGGAAAUGAUUCUAUUUCCAACUUAAAUCUCCCUGGACUUAAUUUCUAAAAUACAGAAAUUGUAAACCGCGUAUCUCUUCAUUCUCAUCAGUGUAAAACUAAUUAUCAAAUAUUUCCUUGUCAAUAGGGCUGUAUUCUUGGGGGAUAAAUUCCAACAAAAAUAGUGAGUCUGUGUUGAAACUCCAACAACAACAAUAGUGAGUUUCGUGUUGGAAUAUGGAAUGUAAUCAAGGUAAAGAGAAAAGGAAGUGAAA